GUGCUGGAAAAUUUUGCUUAAUGCAAUAAUAUAUUUGAAGAAUUUAAAAAAUCAAAAAACUAUUUAAAUAUGAAAAUCGCUAUUGAGGGUUGUGCCCAUGGCGAACUAGAGAAAAUCUAUGAAACCAUAAAAGAAAUUGAGCAGAAAGAAAAUAUCAAAGUUGAUCUAUUACUUUGCUGUGGGGAUUUUCAAUCUACACGCAAUUUGGAUGAUUUACAAACAAUGGCGGUGGCAAAAAAAUAUCAAGAUAUUUGUACAUUUUACAAGUAUUACAGUGGCGAGCUGCAAGCACCAAUGCUGACCAUAUUUAUUGGCGGCAAUCAUGAGGCAUCGAAUUAUUUGCAAGAAUUACCAUAUGGUGGUUGGGUAGCCCCUAAUAUUUACUAUUUGGGUUAUGCCGGUGUAGUACAAGUAAAUGGAAUACGUCUAGCCGGCAUAUCGGGUAUUUACAAGAGUCACGAUUAUUUGAAAGGACGCUUCGAGUUCUCACCAUAUACGGAAAGUACUAAACGGUCGGUGUAUCACGUUCGUCAACUUGAGGUGUUUCGUUUAAAACAAUUAUCGGGUAAUGUGGAUAUAAUUAUAUCUCAUGAUUGGCCACGCGGCAUUUACAAACAUGGUAAUCAAGAGAGUUUGGCUCGUUUUAAACCCUACUUACGGGAGGAUAUGGAAAAUGGAAAAUUGGGAAGUCCACCGUACGAAAAUUUAUUAAAUAUAUUGCAACCAUCAUAUUGGUUUGCAGCCCAUAUGCAUUGCAAAUUUGCCGCGCUUGUAACACAUAUGAAAAAGUUAAAUAUGUCGGCCGGCGAAAAGGAGAAGUCAGAACAAGCUGAAGGACGUUGCACGAAGUUUUUAGCCUUGGAUAAAUGUUUGCCACGUCGACGAUUUUUACAAAUAAUAGAUAUUGAAUCUGCAAAUCAUACUGAUGAUGAGGUCCAAUUACAUUUUGAAUAUGAUCUUGAGUGGUUAACGAUAUUAUAUCUAACAAAUCAUUUAACGAAUACACGCGAUAGCUAUUAUUAUUUGCCCAAUGAAAAAGGUAAUACAGGAGAACGUUAUAAUUUUACACCCACCGAUGAAGAAAUGUCAGAAGUGCUUAAGAAAUUUGAAAAUGUCUUAAAAAUACCCGAAAACUUUUGCCGUACCGUCGAACCUUAUGAUCCUAAAAGAAAUUUUAAAACCAGUCAACAUGUGCAGCCGAAAUCUCAAAUUAAUCCGCAAUCGCUGCAAUUCUGUGAUACUCUAGGUAUUGAUGAUCCCUUAACCUUGGCUAUGCUGAUUGGAGGCCACGAAUUGAGCCAUUCAAGCACUUUAGAUGGAACGUUCGAGACAAAUCUUAACGAUUCCAGUUCAAUAGCUGACGAGCUAUCAAGUUUGAAUACGUCUAAUGCCUCAAUGGUAAGCCCUUUAAAACGUAGAAGUGUGGGUAGUUCGUCAAUAGGUUUAAAUUUACCUAAACCCAAAGCAAUAGAGAGCAACGCUAUCACAAAAGCCGAUGAAUUAUCAAGUGACAGUGACGACAAGGUUGAGCAGGAAGCUGAUACUCAUGAUUGCGGGAUUACUCCACAGGAAUUACCAAUAUUGCAUAUCAAUUCCCCAAAACCCCCAUUAAAAAAAUUUAGAAGACGUAACCAGGAUAUUUACCAAAGCAAAACAGAUGAAGAUGAAAAUUGUGCUGUGAACACGUAAG